GUUUUGCUAUGCAUAUGCUCGAUUUGUGGAAGCCGCCGAGAAUCUGGAACAGGCCAUCAGUGUCCGCCAGCAGCUGCUGGGCGACGACCAUGAGGAAUUCCUGCGGUCCAUUGAAAGCUAUGUGGUCUCUUGCAACAAUUGGAGUGUGCAAUGCAUGAGCAAAGGGAACUUCACCGCAGCGUUGGAGUUGCUGAAGAAAGCGGAGGCAAUGACAGAAGCGGACAACGUUCCGAACUACCAAAGGCGAGUAGUUUUGCGAGCAGUCACCUUCAACAACCUUUGUUGCUACUACCGCAGCCGCGGUAAGCAGAAUGCAGCCCUUCAGUUUGCUGAGCAGUGCUUGAGAAUAGAGCAGCACUACAAGGAAGCGGAGAAUGCCGCGCGGACAUACCUGAAUUACGGUGUGCUUUUGAGCACCACUGGUCGCAACGGAGAAGCUUUGGAGCAGAUUGAGAAGGCUUUGGCAGUGUUGCAUGACCGGGAAAGAGAAUCCCCAGAGGUCAACCUAGAGACCUCACAGAUGCUGGUCGUGGCGCACUACAACACCUUUGUGGAGCAUUUGCGGCUGAAGCAAAAUGCCACAGGCAUGCAAGCCUUGCAGAAGGCUUUACAGGUGGCCGGUCGGAAGCUGGGCGAGUCAACAUCUCAGUCCAGCAAUCUGACCCAAAAAAUCAAAGAAGUGCAGAUUGAGCUGGAGAAGCGUCUCGAGCAGAAGGCGGCCUCAGAGCGCUUCCGCACCACUGCUGGGAGCUUCGAGGUGUCACAGAUCUUCAUGCAUUUUCAGGACAGCCAAGCACAUCCCUGGCGGAAAGUGACUCUGGACGAAGCUGAUGCUGAUCGUGCACAGGAGAUCUUAUCACAUUCCAAGCAGAUCACGUUGAGGCGGAAGAGGCCGCCAUUGGAAGUCCCACUGCCUCCAGAUGAGCCUCCUGCUCGACCUCGACCCAGGCCGAAGGUGCAGAACCAGGCUUACAAAAUGCCUCCAAUGCGAGUGCCGGAUCGAUGGUGGGAUUCCAGACCCAAGCUACUCAAAGCGGAUGGUUGCUUCGCAGGAUCUCCAAUUCUGUGCCAACAUGCCCGGGGCUCCUGGGGCUCCUGGGGCUCCUGGAAGGGCCAGGGACUGGUGGCCACUUGA